AACAACAUCACCUACGAGAUAGACCAAGUCAGACACCUUCACCAUAAUUCUUAUAGCUGACUUUCUUCCAACUCACACACAAAAAAAACAGCGUAACACAACGCGUCUUUAAAAGAGACAAAAUCUCAAACACACAACACAUUAACAACAAACGAGUUGACUAACAAACCAAACACGAAAUACAAGACUCUUUUGUUGUUACUGUUUCACUUCCACGCAGCAACAACUCCAACAUUUCAUACAAGACCCUACUCAGAAUUUCUGUUAUCUUUCACAUUCUAAUUAUUGUUAAUUUAGUCGUUUUCUUUGCGUCAAGGAAAAGCUUCUUUCGCAUUUAUUUCUCAGCAUGUUCCUUCCUCUACUUUCUCUCCCUCUCUUCAUUACUAUAACAUAACACCCUUCUAACCUCUAAACCCCUUUCCAUUCUUCAUUAUUUCUUUUUCUUUCUCCCCUUUGUGCUGUUCAUUCAAAUUCAACUAUUUCCUGAGAUUUUGUAACCUGAUAUAACCAAGGUACACACCAGUUGAGAGUAUUUGUGGCCAAGACACAACAAUUGGACUAAAUUUGAAGUAAUAUGUCUGGUAAAUUGGUUCACAAACUUCGGAUAGUUAAAUGUCCGAAAUGCCGGCAACUUCUUCAAGAGCCUCAAGGAUAUGAUGUAUACAAAUGUGGUGGAUGUGGAACUGAUCUUCAAGCUAAGAAACAAAGUAUGGCUGUGAAGUCAGAUUCCAGUAUACAAAUCGAGGCAGCUCCUGGAAACUCACUGCAUCUAGUUUCUGACAGUAAACAGCGUAGCGAUAAAAAGCGUCGGUUUCCUCUUCGGAAAGAUAGUUUGAAGGCUAAGGAAACUGCUUCUUCUAGAGAAUGUCAUAUGAAUGGGAACAGUGAGUACAAUGGUGGUCAGCUAGUACCGUUCAAAUUCACAGAUGAAGAAGAACUAGAAGGUGAGUUGGAUAUCCCGAAACUGUCACUUAGAAGGCAUGGAGUUUCCAAAAAAGUCGGUUCUGUUAAAACCACUCAUUGUGAGAUUGAGGAGAUAAGUAAUGGGGAUUUUUCAUUAGAAAGACCAAAAGAAAAGUCUAUUUCUUCAUCUGAUGAAGAUGAAAGUAAUGACAAAUCAGCUCCGGUAGGGGAUAUCCCAAAAAUGGAAAUUGCUGAAAUUAAUUUAGAAAAGUUGUCGCCAGAGGAAGCAGCAGGUGCAGAAUUGAUUUCAAAAUCAGAUGAAGCAAAUGUCAAUAUAGAGAAGUCAGUUACAGAAGAUGCAAACCCUGAAGUGAAAGUUAUUGCAAGUGAUUUAGGAGGAGCAGAAGGGGAUUUGAACGUAUGUGCUUUGGAUGCCGACAAUGAAAAAUCAGCUAUAGAGGAUGCAAAAUCAGAAGUGGAAACUGCAGAAGCUACUACUACAAAAAAUCCAAGCAUUGAGAAUGUGGAUACAUUAGAUACCACGGAACAAAGUGAUCAUAGUUCAGAACUUAGUGAUGUUCAUGGAAAAGAAAAACUUGCUGAAUCCCCAACGACCCAAAGCUCUAAUGCUUAUGAUGAUGGUCUCUCUCCUCACGAUGGAAUCAAUGGGCGGAUCCCUAUCCAACAUCUAGAUUCUUUGAAGAAUACUUACACUGUGGAUGAAGGAAGAAUCAGAAAGGGUAAAGGUCCUGCUAAUGGUGAUUUUGGAACACGGUAUCAAUCAGAUGUCCCAGAGGAAAAGAAUCACAUGGUGAAAGACAACGGAAGGGAUAAAAACAAAGUGUUAGAAAAUACAAGUCAUGGUGAUUCACAUUUCAUGAAAACCAAGAGAGAUCACGAGUUUCCAUCGAGAAUACCUUUCCGUCGAAAUGGUUACCAAUCACACGAUGAAAGUGGUAGGCCGUCAAAUGGAAUGCAUGAUGAGAGUUCAAGCUUUCUUUCGCGUGACCCCCGUGAGGAAACUGACCAGGAGAAGGUGAAACUGUUGGGAAUGAUUUAUAAGUUGCAGGUUCAACUCAACAAGACUCGCUAUGAUAGUGAGAAAUCAAAUGGAAGAAUGGCCACUGGUGUAUCUUACCAGGAGAAUCAUAAUUCUGCAUACAGACGCCAUAGCCAUGUCCUUCAUGGGGGAAGGUUUUCUCAUGCUCUUGAUCACUCUAGGUGUAACGGAAGAUGUAAUUGUGAAAUCACAUCGCGUCAAAGGCAUAAAUACUCGCGGAUACCUUAUUCGGCUGAAGCAACAAGUUGGGCAUACUGUGUUGACCAUCCUUGUCACCAUUGUUGUUCCCAUGUCUCAGCAGAUCUGUCUCCACGUGUUCAUUUCCAACAUGAAGAUUUACACAGGUGUUGUCGAGCACACGAUUGUUGCUCUUCAGGUCCACAAUACUUCACAUCCUCUAAACUCCCAUUAUAUAGCAGUGACACAAACUCUGAUGAUCUGAGAUAUAGGGCUACUGUAGCGAGGAAAUAUUUAAGGGAGAAACAGAACUUGGCUAAGCGACAUCACAGGCCAGUAGCAGGUGGAGCUCCGUUUGUCACUUGUCCUAAAUGUUUUAAACUGCUUCAGUUACCUGCAGAUUUUCUUUAUAAAAAGGCAUGUCAUCAACUGAAAUGUGGCGGAUGUUCAGAGGUACUCAAGUUUUCACUCAAAGAUGGAACUCAUGUAGUACCUUUUUCAUCGGUUACUACAACAGGUCUUCCGUCUCGUGAGCUUCACCACGAAAGCGAGGUGAUUAGUGGCGGCAAGCUACCAUCAAAAACUCAUGUCAACCAUCACCAUUAUUCACCUGCAAAACCCAUCUCAUAUUAUGAUGAUUAUGGACUUUCUUUCUCUCAAAGCUUCUCCUCAGAAGUAGAUCCUGCUUUUCUUACACAACAAAUUGAUCCCUUGCACAGCAGUGAAUAUGUUAACCCGGGUGUCUCUCCUAGCUCAACAUUUAAGGCAAAGAUCAUUGCUUCAAGAUAUUUUAGUUCAAUUGCAGCUCCAACGGAGACAGAUCAAUCAACAGAACUUUCCUCCAACAUGUCUGAACCUAGGAAAUUGUCACCAGAAAAGGCGGCAAGGCCACCACGCAAAAGUACUCUGCAUAAACUGAUGGGUUAUUCUACACCAAGUAAAGUGAUAAAAGGGACUCCUUGUUGAAGGCAAAGGAACUCAUAGACUCAUAAUCAAUUUAGAAAAUCAUCCAUGUAAAGAAAGUGUCAAUAUUAUUUCAUUUUAUUUAUGUACAUACCAAAUUACCAGUUUUGGAACAGGUGGUGUAUAAAUAAUUCCAUUAGAUUUUUUCCAUAACAUUUAAUGCGUGUUUUGCACAUUAUUUCAGAAAUUUUAGUUAAUGUUUAUAAAUAACAACUUUCUUAUGUCUCUUGUAUUAGUACAAGUGUUAUCGAACCUUGUUCAAUAUUUAGCUAA